AUGGGACCUUUUGUUGAAGCAUGCGAUCUCUUAGCUCUGUCGAAGAUGCACUGGACACCGGAACACGCCCAGCCCCUCAACCAGUGGCCAGAGCAGCACCUGGACGUCUCCUCCACCACCCCGUCGCCGGCCCACAAGUUGGAGUUGCCCCCUGGGGGUCGCCAGCGCUGCCACUAUGCUUGGGCACACGACGACAUCUCUGCCCUCACUGCCUCCAACCUCCUCAAGCGCUACGCCGAGAAGUACUCGGGGGUCCUGGACUCGCCCUACGAGCGCCCCACCCUGGGCGGCUACGGCGACGCCGCCUUCCUCAACGGCGCCAAGGGGGACCCCGAACCCUGGCCGGGGCCAGAGACUCCUUACCCCUUGGCCUCGCUCCACGAGGGGCUCCCGGGAACCAAGUCGGGCAGUGGGGGCGGCUCUGGGGGUCUCGGCGGUUCCCCGGUUUUAGCCGGGAACCUGCCUGAACCCCUCUACGCCGGCAACGCGUGCGGAGGCCCGUCGGCGGCGCCGGAGUACGCGGCGGGCUACGGCGGGGGGUACCUGGCGCCGGGUUACUGCGCGCAGACAGGCGCCGCGCUGCCCCCGCCGCCCCCGGCCGCGCUCCUGCAGCCCCCGCCCCCGCCGGGCUACGGCCCCUCGGGGUCUCUGUACAACUACCCCGCGGGGGGCUACGCCGCGCAGACGGGUUACGGGGCCCUCCCGCCGCCGCCCGCUCCGCCCCCGGCCCCCUACCUGACCUCCGGUCUGGCGGCGCCCACGCCCCUGCCCACGCCGGCCCCGCCCCGGCCGUCACCCGCCUCCUACGGUUUCCAGGGGGUAGCGGAGGCCGGGGUGUCGCUGAAGCGCAAGGCUACAGACGAGGGAGCCGAAGGCCGCUACCGCAAGUACGCCUUCGAGCCCGCCAAAGCCCCGGCGGCCGACGGCGCCUCCUACCCCGCCGCGGACAACGGCGAGUGUCGGGGCAACGGGUUCCGGGCGAAGCCGCCAGGAGCGGCGGAGGAGGCGGCAGGCAAGUACGCUGGUGGCGUCCCCCUCAAAGUCCUGGGCUCCCCCGUCUACGGCCCGCAACUUGAGCCCUUUGAGAAGUUCCCGGAGCGGGCCCCGGCGCCGGCUCCCCGCGGGGGCUUCGCGGUGCCGUCAGGAGAGCCUCCUAAAGGUGUGGACCAGGGGGCUCUGGAGCUGGCGACCAGCAAGAUGGUGGACUGCGGACCGCCGGUGCAGUGGGCGGACGUGGCGGGCCAGGGCGCGCUCAAGGCGGCGCUGGAGGAGGAGCUGGUGUGGCCAUUGCUGAGGCCGCCCGCCUACCCCGGCAGCCCGCGCCCGCCGCGGACGGUGCUGCUCUUCGGACCGCGGGGCGCUGGCAAAGCGCUGCUGGGCCGCUGCCUGGCGACGCAACUGGGCGCCACGCUACUGCGCCUGCGCGGAGGCACGCUGGUCGCGCCGGGCGCUGCCGAAGGCGCGCGCCUCCUUCAGGCCGCCUUCGCGGCUGCGCGCUGCCGCCCGCCCGCGGUACUCCUCAUCAGCGAGCUGGACGCGCUGCUGUCCGCCCGGGACGACGGCGCGGCCGCCGCAGGCGCGCUGCAGGCGCCGCUCCUGGCCUGUCUGGACGGCGGCUGCGGUGCGGGAGCCGACGGCGUGCUGGUCGUGGGCACCACUUCGCGGCCCGCGGCCCUGGACGAGGCAACCCGCCGGCGCUUCGCUCUCCGCUUCUACGUGACGCUGCCCGACGGCCCGGCCCGCGGGCAGAUCCUGCAGCGGGCGCUGGCCCAGCAGGGCUGCGCGCUGAGCGAGCGGGAGCUGGCCGCCUUGGUGCAGGGCACCCAGGGCUUCUCUGGGGCCGAGCUGGGGCAGCUGUGCCAGCAGGCGGCGGCCGGGGCAGGCCUCCCGGGUUUGCAGCGCCCCAUCUCCUAUAAGGACAUGGAGGCAGCGCUGGCCAAGGUGGGCCCUAGGGCCUCACCCAAGGACCUGGACUCGUUCGUGGAGUGGGACAAAAUGUACGGUUUCGGACACUGA